ACACAUAUACACACUCACACACAUUCACACAUACGCACACACACCUCGCUGGCGGAGACGGCGGCUGAUGCUGAUCCGCAGGAGCCGCUCGGCUGAUCCGGUGCGCCGGGGCGGAGCCGCUCCUCCGAGGCGCUGCGGGCUCCGGGAAGAUGGCGGAGCGGAGCGGGCAGCCGGCCAGCCAGCUCCGGAUAAACUGGACUUUUACCGCAUCGAUCAGAUUUAAAACAUGAAGUUACUGUUUGGAGAAACUUCAGAGCACAAACCGGAACCUGAGAGAGCUUCUCUGCCAACCGGUCAAGCGGAAAGACUGACACCCGGCCCGGGGAGCCGCAGGCCGGCCGGACCGCAGCGAGGAGCCCGGGGCCGGCGGCUCGGCUCGGCUCGGCUCGGCUCGGCCUCGGCGCUGUUAUUUUAGUGAAGCUCUGCUAAGCGGUGGGAAGAGGAAGAACGUCUGGCGGAGGAGCAGAGGGGCAUGCUGGGACGCUCGGCCUCGCUUCAGAUCAGCUGAGUUGAAGUUGGAGUCGGAAACCGAGGCAGCGACAUGAGUUCUUCACAGGAGCCUUACCUGUGUCAGCAGUGUGGGGGAUCGUUUGCUUCCCCGUCCGACCUUGAGAAACACUUCUGUGAGAAAAAGUCCAGCAGCGUCUCCGCCAAGAAGAAACCAGAACGCCUUGGUACCGCGGAGAAACCGUAUCGCUGCGAGCAGUGCGGGAAGACCUUCGACCAGCCGUCGUCCUUAAAGGUGCACCAGCGCGUUCACACCGGAGAGAAACCGUACACCUGCGAAGAGUGCGGGAAGCGUUUCGGCCACUCGAGUCACUACAGGACGCACCAGCGGAUCCACACCGGAGAGAAACCGUACUUCUGCGACCAGUGCGGGAAGAGCUUCACCCAGUCCAGUAACUUCAGACAGCACCAGCACACUCACACCGGAGCCAGGCCGUACAGCUGCCGACUGUGCGGGAAGACGUUCGGCAACGCCAGCAACCUCAGAGAACACCUGCGAAUCCACAGCGGGGUGAAGCCGUACCGCUGCGACGAGUGCGGGAAGAGCUUCAGCACCUCGAGUCACUACAAGCAGCACGAGCGCAUCCACACCGGGGAGAAGCCGUACGUCUGCGGCCUGUGUGGAAAGAGCUUCACCCAGCAGGGCGCGCUCAGCUUGCACAAGCGAACGCACACCGGAGAGCGGCCGUACUGGUGCGACCUGUGCAGUAAGAGCUACAAACACCCGGGGGCGUUCCAGGAGCACCAGCGCGUCCACACCGGGGAGAAACCGUACUGGUGCGACCUGUGCAAGAGGAACUUCGCCCGGUCCUUCCAGCUCAAGAGGCACCGCUGCGUCCAAACUGAGCAGAGCACCUCCACCGUGUCCACCCCGCACCCCAUCCAACCAGAUCCACCAGGAGAAAUUAAACAGGAACAAGAAUCUUGACUAGAAGGAUAAAGACACAUCACCUCCAGAAUUAUCUCUUAAAGCCGGAACAGGCUUAGACUGAAUCAAUCAUGUUGAUGGUGGAGACAGGGUCGAACCCACCAUUCCAGCAUUGGGGGGGGCAGACAUUUUGGGAAUGCCUGAACAUUGAAUUGCUAAUAUAUUCCAGCAAUAUUUUUGGAGUGCCUGAACAUUGGGGGGGACCUGUACCUCUCAAUGUAUAUGGGCGUUACAGCCUUGGGUGGAGACAUACAGCAGUCCUCAGCUGAGCUCUGAGUUUAGGAUCACCAAUGAACUGAUGGAACUGACGUCUUGUGUUUCACUGCUGAGAUUUUAAUGUUUAGUAAUGAACAUGAGCUGAACUUAAUGGACAAUAAAAACAGAUAAAACAACAUCUAAAGGCUGAAAUUUGCUGCGGCGACAUAACGCUGACAGCUGAGAGACGAUGCAUGACUUGUCUAUUUAACAAAGUGAUUUGUCGUCAGAGGCCAAGCUCCUCGUCCUCCCAGCCGGUCCCUCUGCACAGCACCAGAUCAGGAUCCAGUGGAUUCUGCUCAGCUCGCUCCCACAGAAUCCGCCAGAAACUCGACUCCCAGCUGGCCUUUGAGGAUCAUGUGACCUCCGUGGCGCUCAAGCUGAUUUGUCCUGAACAACAUCAGGAGGAUCAGACCACACCUGGGUGAACCUGCAGCAUGACUCCUGGUCCAGGUGCUUGUAGUUCCUGCAGCUCCUUCCUGGUAGGGCUCCUGUCUGGUCUUCAGUCAUCCCAAAAACAGCUGAUGUUGCUCCGCCGCUCAUAUCCCUCCACCACCUCCUCUCUCUGCUGCCUACAGAGCAGCAGCCAGACCUGCUCCUGCCCACCUGGACUCCCUCCUCCAGGUGUUCGCUCCCUCCCGGCCUCGUCGCUCCUCCGUGCAGCGACGCCUGGAGCCUCCAGCACAACAACGAGGCCCUGAACCCGCAGCUGGACUCUGCUCCUCUGUGGCUCCUCGCUGGAGGAACGAGCCACCAAACACCUCUCGACCUGCAGAGUCCCUCUCAGGCUUUAAGAGGAGACUAAACCCAGCUCUUCAGGGAACACCUGCUCACCUGAUGGACUGUGGAACUAUACAGACUAAUAAAAAAUUACCUUUAUGCUUUCCUCCCUCCUCCAUGCCUCUGUCUCUGCCCUGUAGCUCCUCUGUCCUCUGGACCAGAACCAGAGCUUUGUGGCUCUUGAUGUUAUUGAUCUUUGCUUGUUGGUGUAUAAAAAACUCAUAUGUACGUCGCUUUGGAUGAAAGUGAAUCGUAAUUGUAAUUGUAAUUUUGCACAAUUGUUUAUUCAGUCAAAUGUAAAAAGUACACUCACAGCAUAAACUGAUAUUCAGGAAAAAGAAACAUGAUGUGAUCUUUGGGAAGUUUGAACGUCAUUUGCUUUUUGCUUUACAGUCACAGCUGUUUGUCAUAUUUCUUUACAGCUGUAAAUUGUUGCUUUUGUAUUAACUCCUGCUGGUGUUUUUACGUUGCCUUGUCUUAUGCAUGAUAUGCAUCUUCAAAGGAUUGCUAAUAAAACCUUCCUGCUCCCUGUA